GGGGGGCCCUGGGUUUGGCCGACAGAAUUUCUGUACGACACGGCUGGGUGGCGUGUACCCAUGUUGGGCGCAGGACGGCCACUCUCUCGUCCUACGUCUACCACGAGAUCCCUUUUCCAAUUUGGGGCAAAGACAUCGACGAGCCGGGGGCAGCGGUGCGCGCCCGUGUUCGCUCAGGCUCUGCUCAUGGAGAUUUUGGCUGCGGCGGCGCCGUCCCUCGAAUCCGGAUCGGCGUCGGAGGCCAACGAGCCGGCAGCGCGCUCGGGGGCUUUUGUUUCGGCCGGUUUCGUUACCGCGGCGGCAGAAUCAGUACUAAGCUCGCCGGAUUCGGCCGUCCGCCCUCUCUAUCCUGAUAUUAGACAGUCAUAUGAGGAGCUGACACAGCCGGCGGCACGGAGGGAUCUGUCUGAUGUCGAGUUCUCCGGGGGGUCCUGCACCAUGUUCAGUUCAGGCGGUGGUGGUGUGGCGUCCGGGCGCGGCAAUGGCGCCGCGCCGCCCGUCACUUCUCGCGGCUCGAUGUAGUCCUUACCACGCAGUGCGCAAGCAUCGGCCGCGUCCAGUUCAGGCGGUGGUGAUGUGGCUUCCGGGCAAGUCCAUGGCGAGGCGCCGCCCGUCGCCUCUCGCGGCUCGAUUCAGUCCUUACCGCACAGUGCCCGAGCGCUGGCGACCACCACCGUCCGAGUUGGCUGGAAGCGCAGGCCGAGAGGACCGAAAGGCCCAGACGAGCGGUCAGUAGUGGUUGAUUGUGUGUUGGCCCUCGAAUCUGCCAUACGAGGAUUUGCUGACAGGGGGACUGAGGUGGUUGUCAACCCAGCGCUUGGCACAAAUUUCGAUAGCUUGCCGGAGGCGUGUGAAUUCUACAAUCUUUAUUCAUGGGAGGUUGGAUUUGGUAUUCGUUACGGCAAAAGCAGGCAGAAUGUCAAUGGGACCAAGUGUAUGCAGGAGAUCGUAUGCGGCUGUGCUGGCAAGCCAGAGAGGGAGAACAGCUCGUCGAUGAGAAGCAAUUGUGCCGCAAUGAUGCGACUGCACCGGACAGAUGAUGGUGGGUGGUAUGUAUCGGAGAAUCGUGCUGCACACAACCAUGAACUGCUUCAGACAUGUGCGGAGAAGCUACACUGGCCAUCCCACCGGCGCAUUGACACAUACACGAGAGACCUUGUGAAGCAGUUGCGGGAGAACAAUGUUAAUCUUGGCAAGGUUUACAGCAUCAUUGGCAGCCUGUUUGGCCGGAUGGAGAAUGUACCGUUCACGAAGAGGUGCCUUCGAACUUUCUGUGGAAAGCUUAGUAGGGAGCAGGCAGACGAUGAUGUGCGCAAGACUAUGGAUGCAUUCUCCGAGCUGGGAUCUAAUGACCCGGAGUUUUCGUAUGUGGUUGAGGUUGAUAAAGAAAGCAAGAUAAAAACCCUGCUGUGGACUAAUGGGAGAAGCAAGAUGCAAUACCACAGUUUCGGGGAUGUCAUAACAUUUGACACAACUUACAAGACAAACCUAUAUGACAUGCCUUUCGGGUUGUUCGUGGGAGUGAACAACCACUUCCAGAGUAUCAUCAUGGGGGGGGGUCAUGAUGAGAGAGGAAACAAUCGAGAGUUUUAACUGGGUAUUCACCGAGUUCAUUAGACUGAUGGGUGGCAAGCCUCCAAAAACUAUACUAACAGAUCAAGCGCGGGCGAUGGAGGUUGCUAUACAACAAACAAUGCCAGAUACAACACACCGCUGGUGUAAGUGGCACGUGCUUCGGAAGGCGAAGGAGCACCUUGGUCCGCAUUACACGAAACGGAGUGAUUUUAGGGCCGCUUUGCACAAGGUUGUUAAUGAAAUGCUGACUGUGGAUGAGUUCGAAGCAGCUUGGGCUGAACUGCUAGACAGAUACAAGCUGCACAACAACACAUUUUUGAUCCAGAUUUUCGAGGUUAGACACAAGUGAGCAAAACCUUAUUUUAGUGGUAAGUUCUGUGCGAAGCAAACCAGUACGCAAAGGAGCAAAAGUGCAAACCAUUUGUUAAAGGGCUACAUUGCCCGAUGAACCUUUUUGUGAAGCAAUACAGCAAGCUACAGUUUGACCGGGAAGCUGAAGGAGGGUUCCAAGAGAAGAGGACCAGACUGGGCGGUGUAGUUCUGCGAUACAAUUUCCCUCUGGAAGAGCAUGCGAGCCAGGUGUACACAUGGACUAUGUUUGAGAUGUUUGGUCAGGCUUUGUACCGUGCAGGGAGAUAUGAUGUCGAGGAAGUCCAACGAGGCACGAGGUACCUUGUGCGGCAUGUUGAAGCUGAUAAGCAAGAGAAGUGGUGCCGCGAGAUGCAUGCGGUCGAUGUCCAUGAUGGCGGCACUCGUUACACGUGCGAAUGCGGCUUGUUUGAGCACAUGGGGAUGCUUUGUUGCCAUGCUAUCAAGGUUCUCAUUCAUUUGGGAGUGCGGAAGAUACCGAGUUUUCAUGUACUGAAGAGGUGGACAGUAGAUGCCCGCGACAACUUGCCGCUGCACCUCAUCCAUUACCAGAAAGAUCAAGGGCCUCCCCGGUUGUCUUCCUACCGGCAUACUGCACUGCACCUGACAGCGCUCGAGUUUGUGCAGCUUGGUGAUAGCAAUGUAGAUGCAUUCGACAGAGCAAUGGACAUUUUAAAUGCAGGCAAGGCUGAACUGACCGUUUUGGCUGCGAUCAAAGAUGGGAAAAGUUUGGUGGACCAAACUCAAGUUGGGGAGUCAGCUAACCCAACCAUGGUUAUGAUGGCAAACGGCUCGCAACAAGAAGAUGUGUGUUCUGAGAUGUUCAUCUCGACUGAAUGUGGCCUUGGCUCUGUCUCUGUGGUAUCUGAUUCGAGCCGUCCAUUGUCCACAUUACUGGCGCCUGAUAGGAAAAAGCAGAGGGGGAGACCGACAACGGCGAGGGACAAGCCAGGAUACGAGAUAAAAGAUGCAAGAUCUAGAUUUUGCACAGUUUGUAGGGAGAAAGGGCACAAGAGCACAACGUGCCCCCGUAGGGGGGACCUUCCGAAGAAACCACGCAAAAUCCCUACAUGUGGAAAUUGUGGUGUGGCCGGGCACAAGAAAACAAGUUGUUUCAACCCGGUGUUGCCAUUUGUGAAGAGGCCGCGCGACGGACCAGUCGAGUGAUCUUCAGUUUGUUUUAUGGUCCGUAAAGUUCUUGAUUCAGUCCAGAUUUUAUGUAGUCUGCUUACCUGGGCUUGUGAUUUGCAAAUCUAAUAAACAUUAUGCCUAUGUGUGCGGUGAUGUACUUUGCUUACUGCUUUUUAA